AUGAUAAAUAUUUAUAGUGAGAAAUUUAACCAUUUAACGAGUAAUGAACGUCGGAUUUGUCUAAUACUUAAUAGGGAGGCAAAUUUAGAAGCAAAUAAACUUGUUGAAAAAGAAGUAAAAAUUAUAUUAAAUGAAUUUCCAACAAUUACACUAUCAAAAAUAAAUAAAAUUUUAGAACCAUAUGAAAAUGAGUAUAAGAUAACUAGUGAUAAUCUAAAUCUAUCCAAUUGUUUUUCUCAUGAAAAUACAUUACAAUCAAUUAGUAAUCAGGAGCAAUUAUCUUUAAGUAAUCUUGAUUAUACCUCAAUUUCUACUACUUCAAUGACAAAUACCUCCCUACAAACAUACUUUUAUUUAGAAAUUUUAAGAAUAUUCAAGAAAAAGUUAAGAGAAAAUUUAAAAGAAUCAUAUAAUAUUGAAAAUGAAUUUGAAAAUAAAAUUUAUAAAAAUAAGUACUGUAACAUUAUGUCUAAUAAUGGUAUCAAAAGAACAUCUUCAUUUGUAGAUCGUAUCAAAUGUUUGUAUAAAAAAAAAUCUAAUAAUUAUUCUUCACUAGAUAAAUGA